GGGGAAAGUUGAUCUGAGAAGGGAGGAAGCCCCAAGACGCGGAGCAGCGGCAGGAAGGAGCCCCCGGCAGCCCGGAGGAGCAUGGGCACCCUUCGGGAUUUACAAUACGCGCUCCAAGAGAAGAUAGAGGAGCUGAGGCAGCGGGAUGCUCUUAUCGACGAGCUGGAGCUGGAGUUGGAUCAGAAGGACGAACUGAUCCAGAAGCUACAGAAUGAGCUGGACAAGUACCGCUCGGUGAUCCGGCCGGCCACCCAGCAGGCGCAGAAGCAGAGCGCUAGCACCUUGCAGGGCGAGCCGCGCACUAAGCGGCAGGCGAUCUCAGCUGAGCCCACCGCCUUCGACAUCCAGGAUCUCAGCCAUGUGACCCUGCCCUUCUACCCUAAAAGCCCACAGUCUAAGGAUCUCAUAAAGGAAGCCAUCCUUGACAAUGAUUUUAUGAAGAACUUGGAAUUGUCACAGAUCCAAGAGAUUGUGGAUUGUAUGUAUCCGGUGGAGUACGGCAAAGACAGCUGCAUCAUCAAAGAGGGAGAUGUGGGGUCCCUGGUGUAUGUCAUGGAAGAUGGGAAAGUUGAAGUUACAAAAGAAGGUGUGAAGCUGUGCACCAUGGGUCCAGGAAAAGUGUUUGGGGAAUUGGCGAUUCUUUACAACUGUACUCGGACUGCAACCGUCAAGACUCUUGUAAAUGUGAAACUCUGGGCCAUUGAUCGACAAUGUUUUCAAACAAUAAUGAUGAGAACAGGACUCAUCAAGCACACCGAGUAUAUGGAAUUUUUAAAGAGCGUUCCAACGUUUCAGAGCCUUCCUGAAGAGAUCCUCAGUAAGCUUGCUGAUGUCCUUGAAGAGACCCACUAUGAAAACGGGGAGUAUAUUAUCAGGCAAGGCGCAAGAGGAGACACCUUUUUUAUUAUCAGCAAAGGAAAGGUAAAUGUCACUCGGGAAGACUCACCAAGUGAAGACCCAGUUUUUCUUCGAACUUUGGGAAAAGGUGACUGGUUUGGCGAAAAAGCCCUGCAGGGGGAAGAUGUGAGGACAGCAAACGUCAUUGCUGCAGAAGCUGUUACCUGCCUUGUGAUCGACAGAGACUCUUUCAAGCACUUGAUUGGAGGGUUGGAUGAUGUUUCUAAUAAAGCAUAUGAAGAUGCAGAAGCUAAAGCAAAAUAUGAAGCUGAAGCUGCUUUCUUCGCCAACUUGAAGCUGUCUGAUUUCAACAUCAUUGACACCCUCGGAGUUGGAGGUUUCGGACGAGUAGAACUGGUCCAGUUGAAAAGUGAAGAAUCUAAAACAUUUGCUAUGAAGAUUCUCAAGAAACGCCACAUUGUGGAUACGAGACAGCAAGAGCACAUCCGCUCAGAGAAGCAGAUCAUGCAGGGCGCUCAUUCCGACUUCAUUGUCAGACUAUAUAGAACAUUCAAGGACAGCAAAUAUUUGUACAUGUUGAUGGAAGCUUGCCUAGGUGGAGAACUCUGGACCAUUCUCAGGGAUAGAGGUUCAUUUGAAGAUUCUACAACCAGAUUCUACACAGCAUGUGUGGUGGAGGCUUUUGCCUAUCUGCAUUCCAAAGGAAUCAUUUACAGGGACCUCAAGCCGGAAAACCUCAUACUAGAUCAUCGAGGUUAUGCCAAACUGGUGGACUUUGGUUUUGCAAAGAAAAUAGGAUUUGGAAAGAAAACAUGGACUUUUUGUGGAACUCCAGAGUAUGUAGCCCCAGAGAUCAUCCUGAACAAAGGUCAUGACAUUUCAGCCGACUAUUGGUCCCUGGGAAUUCUAAUGUAUGAACUUCUGACUGGCAGCCCACCUUUCUCUGGCCCAGAUCCUAUGAAAACCUAUAACAUCAUUUUGAGGGGGAUUGAUAUGAUAGAAUUUCCAAAGAAGAUUGCCAAAAAUGCUGCUAAUUUAAUUAAAAAACUAUGCAGGGACAAUCCAUCCGAAAGAUUAGGGAAUUUGAAAAAUGGAGUGAAAGACAUUCAAAAGCACAAAUGGUUUGAGGGUUUUAAUUGGGAAGGCUUACGAAAAGGCACCUUGACACCUCCCAUAAUACCAAGUGUUGCAUCACCUACAGACACAAGCAAUUUUGACAGCUUCCCUGAGGACAAUGAUGAACCACCACCGGAUGACAACUCAGGAUGGGACAUAGACUUCUAAUGCAUUUCUCUGACCUGCUUCUGCCUUGCUGAAGACAGCUUUUUCUGAGACAUAGCUGCCAGCAUACCUGAGGGAAAGGGGGAAGAUUUGUGCUCGGGGUCACCAUGAUGCCUUUGAUCGAUGCUGCUCCAGUAACUACAGUGGCAUUAGGACUUAUUGCUUAGAUGACAGUAGUGCGUUUUACCUGUUUUCUGUUUGAUUCUAAAAUAGCAGUUGACAUGGUGGUCCUGAAGCAAAGCCUGUCACCAGUGAAGAGAUGUUUUCUGUUGUUGUAAUGAUCUUGCUUUGCUCUGAUUAUAAUUAGAAAGACAGUAAGAAGUACUUCAAUCCAGUAUGAGUCUAGAACUUGCUAGAAUUAUCAGUAAGAUCAAAGUACACUAUAUUGGGUACGAUGGAUUACUGUGAUACAGAACCUGGGCUAUUCCUUUUCUUCAAAUGAGAAUUGUGGGAUAUAUUACUGCAAGCCAGUGUAUAGAUCGUAUGAAAGAGGACCAUACAUCUGUUGGUCACAGAUUCAUGUCAAACCAGUGCUAGAAGUUUCACAGUUUUAUUUUCCAGUAGUGCUGAUGACGAGACUGAAUGUUACCUUUUCUUUCUGACAGAUUUUAAAAAUUGAUACGAUAAAAGCACAACUGUUAUGGAUUCUGCUGAGAGCUCUCAUCGCAGAUAUGUAUGUGUUUUCACUGAGGAUUAGAAAAAGUGCAUGAUAUUUGUUUGUUUCUUCUUGAUUAAUUGGCAUGAUAGAGUGGAACACAAAGGAAUGAAUAAAUCCAUUUUCAUGUUCUUUACAAUAGUGUGCUUAAAGAUAGUCCUGGAAAGAAAUGACUAGCAGCCAAUUGGUUUUACUUAUUACCCAACAUGCCCUCAAACUGAGGCUUAAAAUAUUCCCUUUUAUAAAAAUAAACCCUUGACAGUGGGGUGGGGUGGGGCAAGAUUAAGACCCAUCCAAAAAUAAAAAUUAAAAAACAACAACGAUAUAGGUGCUAUGUAUAUCUCUCAUCUGUAAAUGUCAGUGUCUGAACAGACAACGCAAAAUCUAACCAUUACACACGUAGCCAGAGAAUCAAUCAUUUUCACUAAAUUUGUUAAAACCAAACUCCUGUCAGAUUUCACUUAUAGGCUUGAGGGAGCAAGGUAGUUUAAAAACCAAUUUGAAUUAGCUUCUUGUCUUAGGCCUGAACCAAAA